CGUCGAAAUCUUUGCUAACGUGAUGCACCGUAGUGGCCAAGCUCGAAAAGGGCACGUUGCAAAGGUGAGGAAGCUAUUUGAAACUGGCAGAGAAGUUGAGAGGCCCUGCACGCUGCCGCGCCGAAAUCUGAGCAAAUCCUGCGAUAAUCUUCACAUAACAAACCGAAAUAUGGACUUGGAGGCUCCGGUUAAGCCAAUGGAUAAUCUCGAAUGCUUGGAGCAGUCCCUGAAGUGGACGGAAGCGAAAGAGCACGAGCUGAAGACGUACCUGGACAAAGUGACACAGUUGAAGCCCAAGCGCAAACCCGUUGCAGCUCCGAGGAGGUUUGCGCCCCCAACUCGCCAGCAGGAGUUGGAAAUUACUUUUCAACAGGCGACCCAAUGCGGAAGGUUGGAGAGCUUCCGAAGACAAAACCUCGCGCAAAUUGACCAGACAAUUGCUGAAAUGAACGCCGAUGGAUUCAUUGGAGGGAGCGCCACAAGUGGCAGUGGUUCAGAAAGUGACGAUGAAGCUGCCAUCAACUGCACGGUGGACGCCAUCAUGGGAGACUGCAGAAGGCUUCUCAAUUACUCUCCAACGCAGGAAAAGAAUGAGACUCACAGUGACGGUCACCUCAACCAUUCAGCAGGCUUGUUCUCAGAGGAGCAUGCGGAUUAUGAACCAAUCGCCAGCUGGGCUCCCUCAGGCGCGCUAAGGGCGCAAAAACUCCACACUAGCUGCGCCAUCUCGAGCAUUAUGGAGCACUUGAAGUUCACAGAGAGGCGCUACCUGCAGGAGCUUACAGGCAUUAUACCAGUCUAUCUAUAUGGCAUCAGCAACCACUCUCAUGAAGAUGUGAAAAAUAGCGCCAGUCUCCUCACUGAAACCCUGGAGGGCCUCCUGAAGCUCCAAAAGGAGUUCGAGUAUAGCCUGGCCAUUGCCCGCUCAUUGGACGGGGUUCUCAGGGCUUUUAUCCACUAUGAGGACUUGUUCAACACGUACAAAAAGUUCUUCAUGACCCAAUGUUGUGGCCUCACCUUUGCCCUCUCAGACUCAAAGGCUGAGUUCAGUAAGGAAAUCACCCUGGGCGCCAUUCUCAGUCAGAGACUGUUCCACUACAAAAUGCAUCUGGAAGAGAUCCAGGCAGAGUUGCAAGCUUUCCGGGAUUUUCUGCCCAUUGUUGAACAUCUACUGAGCUUCAUCACCGACAUACUCAAUCUAUGCAAUGUGAAAAAUGUCCUCGAGCGAAUUGUGCCGGUGCCAACCAUCCUCAAAAGCGCCCCAAAACCGCCACUGGAGGUGGCAAGUUGCCCGUUUGAGGCCUACGGCGACUAUCUGCUAAAGGACAAGUUCAAAGUGAGCAAACCGUUCAAAAGAACCCUCACUAUCUACCUGUUCAGGCACAUCGUUCUCCUCACUAGGGAGGAUAAGAAUGACACUUUCUACUACCAAGGCCAUAUUAGGAUGGACGAAAUCAUUCUGCUGCCGGCCGACGACAAGAAGAAGAAAGUCAUCAAGUUCUACCAUUACGAAAAAUCCAAGACUUUUCACACCCCAGUCAUCUACAAGUUUGAGGCAACGAGCAGAGAAGUCCACGCCACCUGGAGGGAGAACAUCACGAAUAUCUUGGGGCUGCAACAUGAAGAAUUGCGCAGCAAAGUUUACCAGAAGCACUUGGAGGGUUCAUAGGGGCAAAAAUUGAGGAAAAUUGGGCGCAUUGGGUUCUCGCCUUCUUCGCCCCAACUUGGUGCUCGCCUUUAUUCGGUUCAAGCACAAACUUUCAUAAUUUCUCAGAAGUUUGGAUGGGCAAGGACAGAGACCCAUCCGAGGCUCAAAAGUGUGCAAAAACCUGAUGUUAUUUUUCUCAAGGCACCAUAAAGCAGCAAAUUCAGGCAUAAA